AUGUCGGCCGCCGUGGGAGCUAUCUCUGCAACCAAAGAUGUUACUUUCAGUUCUCAAAGGGAGGAAGAGGAGUUAGUUAAGAAUGAUGACAUGAAAAACACGGCUGCACUUGGUGAUGAUCAACCAAGCCUAAGCCAGCUUCCCGUAGGUGAUGAUCAUAAUGCGGAGGAGGGUGACCUAGACGAAGAGGAUGAUGAGGUUGCCGCAUUGAAAUCUGAGAAGGAAUUGGUCCUUGGCCCUCAGUUUUCUCUCAAGGAGCAGCUUGAGAAAGAUAAAGAAAUGGAAGGAAACAACUUCUUGGAAGUGUUGAUCUCUCUACUGCUGGAGAGCAAAGAACCAGAAGUGAAGGUCUUAAGCCUCACAAUCAUGUGCCGGGGCCGGCCGGAUAUUGUCCUCCCAAUUCCAUUCACAAACAAACCCAAGAGCAGCCUCUUCACACUGAAAGACGGAUGCCAUAUCCGCAUGAGGUUUACAUUUACUGUCUCCAAAAACAUAGUCUCAGGCCUCAAGUACACCAAUACAGUGUGGAAGACUGGUGUCAGAGUGGACAACUCAAAAAGAAUGCUUGGAACUUUUAGCCCUAGGCAAGAUCCCUAUACAUAUGAGACUGAAGAAGAAACUGUCCCUUCAAGCAUGUUUGCCAGGGGCUGGUAUUGUGUGAGAACAAAAUUUCUGGAUGAUGAUGGAAAAUGCUACUUGGACAUGAGUUACUACUUUGAAAUCCAGAAGAACUGGCCAAAAUCCUCUUGA